GAGCAGGUGGUGAUGGGGAUGCAGCAGCAUCAUUUAAGGCUACACAAUCAUGGCGUGCAGAGUGAGGGCAGCAAUGCAGCAUCUCUUCAUCCUCAGCAGCCUCCUCAUCCUGAUCUUGUGCCUGCAGAACGGAGGGGGACAGAAGAAGAAAGAGAACCUGUUGAGUGAAAAGGUGGAGCAGAUGAUGGAAUGGAGCUCUCGGCGGUCAGUCAUCCGUAUGAAUGGGGAUAAAUUCAGGAGAUUUGUUAAGGCACCGCCCCGUAAUUAUUCUGUGAUUGUGAUGUUUACUGCGCUUCAGCCCCAAAGGCAAUGCUCUGUAUGCAGGCAAGCUAAUGAGGAGUAUCAAGUGCUUGCAAAUUCCUGGAGAUAUUCUUCAGCAUUUUCAAACAAACUUUUCUUCACCAUUGUGGACUAUGAUGAAGGAGCAGAUGUUUUCCAGCAGCUGAAUAUGAAUUCUGCUCCCACAUUUAUGCAUUUCCCUGCAAAAGGCAAACCCAAGAGAGCGGAUACCUUCGAUCUUCAGCGGAUCGGGUUUGCUGCAGAACAGCUAGCAAAAUGGAUUGCUGAUAGAACAGAUGUUCAUAUUCGUGUGUUCAGGCCUCCCAAUUAUUCCGGUACAAUAGCUCUGGCCUUACUAGUGUCUCUGGUUGGUGGUUUACUUUAUCUGAGACGAAAUAACCUUGAAUUCAUCUACAACAAGACAGGCUGGGCCAUGGCUGCUCUCUGUGUCGUGUUUGCUAUGACAUCGGGACAAAUGUGGAAUCAUAUACGUGGACCCCCGUAUGCUCAUAAAAAUCCCCAGAAUGGCCAAGUGAGUUACAUCCAUGGAAGUAGCCAGGCCCAGUUUGUUGCAGAAUCUCACAUUAUUCUCUUGCUGAAUGCUGCUAUUACUAUGGGAAUGGUUCUCCUCAAUGAAGCUGCAACCUCAAAAGGAGAUGUUGGAAAAAGAAGAAUUAUAUGUCUAGUUGGGCUGGGCCUUGUGGUGUUCUUCUUCAGCUUCCUCCUGUCAAUCUUCCGCUCCAAGUAUCAUGGUUACCCAUACAGUUUUUUAAUUAAAUGAAAUAUACCAGUAUUCCCAAGAUGUCACAAUUUGUACUGAAGACAGAGUAUUCCUGCUGGUGUACAUGACGUAUAUAUUAAUUAUUCUCACUUCAUUUGCUGUUUGUUUACUUUAUGUAUUAGAGUUUAGUAAUGUGGUGUAGUCACUUGUGGGUGUGUGUGUGUGUGUGUGUGUGUGUGUGUGUGUGUGUGUGUGUGUGUGUGUGUGU